AUGAGCAACGGUAUGGAACUUCAACAGUUUAGCAAUAUUAGCACAACAUUACUCCCACGUAUUCCAAAUGCUGAAAAUAGAAAUCUGGAAACAAAGAUUGAAGAAAAACAACGUCGACAUCAAACUGUACAAAAUGAUCUGGAAGAAAAUACUCUAAGAGUGCAUAUGUUAGAAGAUCAUUUAAAAAAUGUACAAGACGAGUUGGAAACAACACAGCGUUUACUCAAUGCAAGAAAAAAUGAAGCCACAACUGAAGAACAUUUGAAAAUGGUGAACGAAAGAGAAAUGGGACUUAUAAAACAACAACGGAUUCGUCUCGAAAAUGAAUUGAUGAAAAUGAUAGAUCGAAAAAGCGCACUGACGGAUGAAGUUUAUCGCGGUAAUCGGCAGUUUGAUGAAAUGGAAUCGCAAAUGAAAUGGGAUCAACAAGCGUUAGAAGCAUGGCUUGAAGAAUCAACACAAAAAGAUGAAGAUUUUAUGGCACUAAUGACAUAUACCAGACAAGAUGAAGCAAAAGUGAAGGAGCUUAUAAUUAAAAUAGAACGUAUGACAGAUGAAAGUAGUAAAAAAAAACGAGCGAUUGAAAAUGAAAUAAUGGAUACAACGGGCUUACAAGUAGAAUUAGAUAAAACUGCAAGUGACUUUCGCAAGUCUCAUCAACAUCGUCAAGAUUUAAUUCAACGUUCGGAACAAAUGAUUGAACAAAUGCAAUCAAGAGAUCGUGAUAUUGAUUUAUUAGCCGUUCAAUUGGUUAAAAUAAAAGCAGAAGCACGUUCUGUUGAAGAAUUAAUUAUCGAGAAAAAAGAGUUUUAUAAGAAUGAACAACGUAAUAAUAAUGAACGACAAUUACAAAUGUCUGUAGCUGAAAGACAAGCAGCAAAAUUACGUUUACAAUAUGAUGAUGCAGAAAAAAAUCGUUUAUUAUAUGAAAAUGAGUUAUCCGGAUUAAGACGUGUUGUUAAACGAACAGAAAAGGAUAAAGACAUGUCCUAUGCAUUACUUGGACAAAUGAAAAAACAAUUGAUUGAUAAACGACAACAAUUGGAUGAUCUACGCGUUCGAAAUCGUGAAUUAAUUGAUAAAAAACAUGACGUAUUAGACGUUAAAUAUACGGCUGAAGAAAAAGCAACAAAAAUGGAAAAUUUAUAUGCUGAUGAACAAGAACGUGAAAAUCAAUUGAAUAAUGAUUUAAAAUUUUUAUCAGAAAAAAUAUAUAAAAUCACUCAACAAAUAUUUGAUUAUAAAACAAAAGUAAAAAAUUUAGAUGCAGAAAUAAAUGGUUCAAUUGUAACAUUAAAUAAUUUACAAAAUAAAACUGAAAAAUUAGAUAAUGAUGCAUUAAAACAACAAGAACUACUCUAUCAUCAGGAUUUUGAAAUACAAUCGUUAGAACGUCGUGUUAAUCGUAUGCAAGGUGAAAAGAAUAUUGAUGAACAAGGUGAAUUAGAGCGUAAAAUAAAUGAUUUACAAAUACAACUACAACAAAAACGUGAUGAUCAUGUUAUAUUAACAAGUCAAAUAAAACAGAUACAAGAAGAAACAAGACGUUUAAAACGUUCAAUUGAUGAUACAUCAAGAGAAAAAGAGAAGCAAGUAACAAAAAUAGAAGAAUUAGAUUUAUAUUCAAAUAAUGCAGAACGACAAAUUCAAAAAUUAACUGAACAAAAAGAAGAUUUAUUAGUUGAACAAAAUUUAAUGAAAAUAGAAAUAAAACGUUUGAGAACAUCAUUGUAUACACAUUCAGAUACAGUAACAAAUUUAGAAACAAGAAAAUUACAAUUACAAACAGCAAUUAAAGAACAUCGUAGUGAAAUAAAUAUUCAUCAAUCAACACUUCGACAACAAUUACUUGAUGAACAAACAAAAACAAGUGAAGUGUCUAGUGAAUUACAUGAUCGAAUAGCCAAAAUAGAAAAAUUAAAAAAACGAUAUCAAAUUGUUAAUAUUUCAAUGGCACCACCUGAAGGUACUACAGAAGAAGAAACAUCUCAAACAUAUUAUGUUAUUAAGGCUGCACAAGAAAAAGAAGAAUUACAACGUGAAGGUGAUGAAUUAGAUGUAAAAAUUCGAAAAGCGGAACAAGAAUUACGCGCAUCAGAAAAUACAUUGAAAAUUUUGAAUACGGGAAAUAGUAUGACAAAAGAUUCAUUUAAAAAAUUAACCGAUUCAAGUGAGGAAUUAAAACAAUUAGAAGAAUUAGAUGAACAGUUAAGGGAUAUGAGAGAUAAAGUUGGAAUCAAACGAAAAACAUUGAAAGUCUUACAAAGUGAUUUAACCGCCGUGGAACCGAUAAUAAAUGAGAAAUCAAAUGAAAAAAAUAAUUUGAAUGAAAUUAUCUUUGAAAAACGUAAACAAUACAAUCAAUUACAGUUAGAUGUAGAUGAUUUUAGAGAUAAAAUAAAUCGAACAGAAAGUCAGAUUGGACGUCGAAAAAAAGAAGUACGUAGUAUUAAACGUACAACCAACAUGUUAAAUGAAGAACAUGAUAUCGAAGUACGUUUAUUACAAGAUUAUAAAAAUAAAAUAUCAGCUCAAAUAGAACAAAUUGUAUCUGUGGAUCAAGAUGCAUUAAAUCAUUAUAAUAUGCUUAAACAACAGUUUGACCUUGUUGGCCCGUCAAGUGGUAUGGUUACACCGUCUUCUUCUUCAAGAACGAGUUCAACACGUAGUUCAACAUCACAACAACGUUCAACAAGACCAUCAAUGCCUGUUAGAGAAGUUCAUCUUGAUUUAGGUGACAUUCGUCCAUCAACUAAUGGACACACGAGACAAACAUCGAGAGGUUCAUCCACAGCUAGUUCAUCUUCAUCAUCAUCUUUACGACGUUUACCAAAAUAA